CCAACACAUCUCACCAUGAAGAAGAGAACUAUCGUCAGUGCUGCAAUAGGAGGAGAAGACAAAGACCCCCCCUUUCGAACAUUCCGGAAACUGUUGAGUGGGUCUACCUCUGAGCCCAUACCACUGACUCCUCUCCCCAGAGCUGGGGCUCUGAUUGCUGCUCCCAUAGCCCUGGGUGCUCUGGGCUUCACUGGGGCAGGAAUUGCAGCAGGAUCCAUAGCAGCCAAGAUGAUGUCAGCCGCAGCAAUCGCCAAUGGGGGUGGAGUUGCAGCAGGAAGCCUGGUAGCCACACUGCAGUCUGUGGGUGUCGUAGGACUCUCUACGUCAGCCAACAUCAUCCUGGGCUCUGUGGGGGCAGCUAUUGGGGCAUCUGUUGAGGAAGCAAUUGACAGUUGGACCGAUCAGGAAAACCAGGAGGAGACAGUAGACACAAAGAUGAUCGUCCAAAUCACUCAAUGAGGUUCUGCUAAGGGAGGUUCCUGACCUGGAGCUGAGGUGAGAGGGCCAAGAACAUGGACCCCAGAGCUCUUGGUCCAUCUCCAUCUAUGAUUCUGGAUGUGCAGAGCUAAGACCAGCAAAAAGCUGCCACACUGUACCAGGGAUGCCCUGGCCUAAGCUACUGCCCUGACGCCUCUGGAAGGAGAUAGAAUAAAAAAAGGUCACCACUGUG